AUGUGUAAUGAGCAGCAUCCUUUUUCUGCUUUUUCUACUCUCUCUUUGGUUGCCGGGAAAGUCUACGAGUAUCAUUUCACGUUUCUCGGCGGCCAAACAGACCCUAAAGAAAAUUUGAGAUUGCUGAGCCAAAUUUACUCGAAUACUUUGCGAUUGUACUUGACGUGUAUAAGGAACACUCUCGAUGCCGCAAUGUGCCUUCAGAAUUUUCCUUGUCAAGAAGUUGAAAGGCAUAACAAGCCGGAAGUUGAGCUAAAGACCAGCUCAGAACUUCUGCUAAAUCCUGUUUUGAUAUGUCGAAAUGAGGCUGAAAAAUGCUUAAUUGAGACAUCUAUUAAUUCCCUUCGCAUAAGCCUCAAGGUAAAGCAGGCAGAUGAACUUGAAAAUAUACUAACUAAAAAAUUUCUUAGAUUUUUAUCGAUGAGGGCAGAAGCAUUCCAGGUAUUGAGGAGAAAGCCAGUGCAGGAAAAUGUUAAUUUUCAUGUUGUUAAGUCACUAUGA